AUGCAAAUCAAAGCUGUCAUUCUCGCUCUCCUCACCAGCAGCCCAAUCGCUGUCUUCGCCGCCAACUGUUUGGGAACCCCUGGCCUUCCCGGUGGUCAAUGCGUCAAGUUCUGGACUGGAGCAACCGGUUGUACCGGUACCUUCCUUAGCUACAAACCCGAUUGCAGCGGUGCCUGUUUCAAAUAUGACAGUUUCACUGGUAUCAAAGCUAGUGGUGAUGGACACUUUGGAACCAACUGCGCUAUCUUCUCCGAUGUCAAUUGCCAGAACCAAAUCGCGUCCACUGGCAACAAUGCGGUUCAGCCACAAUGCUUCAAAAAGGUCGGAAAGUCUAUGAAAUGCUAUUUUGCUUGUUAG